CCAUGGCGGGCUCCGAGCAGCGCCGAGCCCAGCAGCGGCCAGGCGGCUUGGCUGGAGCCGGCCAGGUCAAGCUUGCAGGGGGAGGCUGCCUGGCGGCAGGUUGCCCCCGCCCCGCUUUCCCGGAGCGUCGAGCCUAACCCCGCUCGGCUCGGAAGCGCUGGAAAGUUGCCGGGGCCCCUGCCCCGCACGGAGCCUUCCCGAGCUCCCCGGGGCCGCCCCGCAGCCGAGCGCUCGCCCCGAGUCCGGAGCCGCCCCGGGCUCCAGGGCCCCGCGCCGCGCCGCGCCGGGGUGAUCCCGGGAAGGAGCCGGGGCCGGCAGCUGCUUCCGAGGCUGCCAGCCCGGGUGACACGGCCAGGCCCACACCGCCCCCUUCCCGCCUCCCGGAGAGCCGGCCACCGUCUGGCGCCGCAGCUCCGGCUCGGAGCCAGCCUCUCCCUCCCCGCUCCCCCGGUACCGCCCCGCUCGCGGUCUCCGCCCAGGCUCCAGCCCUGCCCCGCGCCGGGGGUAGGGCGCCGCCCGCCGCGGGGGUGCCAGCCCCUCCGCCCCGCGCCUCGCCGCCAGGCGGGACUUUUGAGCGAUGAGACGGCCGAGUCGCCGGCUGGCUUUGUCUCUCUUGGGCAUCCUGGGGGUCGCGGCUCUCCUCUUCCUCUUGGGGGCGAGGAGGAGGCGGGAGGCGGCAGGACCCGAAGGGCCGACGCCAAAGGGCUCAGAUGUCGACUGGGAUGACCUCUGGGAUCAGUUUGAAGAGAGAAGGUACCUGAAUGCCCGGAAAUGGAAGGGCGGAGAGGACCCAUACCGCCUCUAUGCCUUUAACCAGCGGGAGAGUGAGAGGAUUCCCAGUGACCGUGCCAUCCGCGACACCAGGCAUUACAGAUGUACUACUUUGCACUAUCGUCUGGAUCUGCCAUCAACAAGUAUCAUCAUCACCUUCCACAAUGAAGCCAGGUCCACUUUGUUAAGAACUAUCAGAAGUGUUUUAAACCGCACCCCUGUGUACCUGGUCCAUGAAAUCAUAUUAGUGGAUGACUUCAGCGAUGAUCCUGACGACUGCCAUUUACUGGGCAAGUUACCCAAGGUGAAAUGCUUGCGCAACAGGCAACGAGAAGGUUUGAUCCGGUCCCGAAUCCGGGGGGCAGACGUGGCACAGGCAGGAGUUCUGACCUUCUUAGAUAGUCACUGCGAGGUGAAUAAAGACUGGCUGCUGCCUCUCCUGCACAGGAUCAAAGAGGAUCCAACCCGCGUGGUCAGUCCAGUUAUCGACAUCAUCAACUUGGACACUUUUGCCUAUGUGGCCGCUUCCUCGGACCUGAGAGGAGGGUUUGACUGGAGUCUACAUUUCAAAUGGGAGCAGCUUUCCCCAGAGCAGAAAGCCAAACGAAUUGACCCUACAGAACCCAUUAAGACUCCGAUCAUUGCAGGGGGGCUCUUUGUGAUCGACAAAGCCUGGUUCAACCACCUGGGGAAGUAUGACACUGCCAUGGACAUCUGGGGUGGGGAGAACUUUGAAAUCUCCUUCCGUGUGUGGAUGUGCGGAGGGAGCCUGGAAAUUAUCCCCUGCAGCCGGGUUGGACAUGUGUUCCGGAAGAAACACCCCUAUGUCUUUCCAGAGGGAAAUGCCAACACUUAUAUAAAAAAUACCAAGCGCACAGCAGAAGUGUGGAUGGAUGAGUUCAAACAAUACUACUACGCUGCCCGGCCUGCAGCACAAGGGAGACCUUAUGGAGACAUCCAGAGCAGACUGGAACUGAGGAAGAGCUUGAAAUGCCAGACCUUCCAGUGGUACCUGGAAAAUGUUUAUCCAGAACUUAGGAUUCCUGAGGAAUCAUUGUAUCGGUCUGGAAUGAUCCGGCAGAGACAGAGGUGUCUGGAGUCCCAGAAGUCUGAAGAUCAGGAGUUCCCCAUCCUGAGCUUAAAUCCCUGUAUCAGCAGCAAAGGUGUGGCAGCAGUGGCACAGGAAUGGACAUACACAUACAACCAUCAGAUCCGCCAGCAGCAGCUCUGCUGGUCAGUGUACACCCUCUUCCCCGGCUCCCAAGUGCUGCUGUCCCCAUGCAAAGAAGGUGACGGCAAACAGCGAUGGGGUAAAGUUGGUUCUCAUAUUGAGCACAUGGCCUCGCGUCUCUGCCUGGACACUGAAAUGAUGGGGGACACCAACGAGAGCACCAGAGAGCUCGUCAUCAACCCUUGUGAGAGCACAGCCAUGAGUCAGCGCUGGGACAUGGUGAUGUCCUGACCGCCUGUCACUGAGCAAAACCAGCCGCAAGGGCUUCAUUGGAAGCAGCCAUGGCACACAGCAGAGGCUGUUGGGAACUCAACAGCAAAACCAUUGGGCGCCCUUGUUCAUUGUGAGGUGGGAGCCAAAGAAAAAAAGGGUUAGGCCGGGGAGCUCCAGGUUGAAGAAUGGAUGUCAGCUGUGAGACCUGCAGUUAGUGGCCAGUUGGGGUUAUAGAGUCAAUGAGUAAGAACCGUACACAACCAAUCCCUAAAUGUUUUUCAAUAACAUUGAGUCCUGGAUGAGGCCUGAGGAUGGCCCUACUGAAAUACGGUGUGUACAGUAUUUAUUGUUUUACUGCAAAGAUGGAAACUUUGGUGGAAGAGCCUUGGAGAGAAAGUGGGGACAAGUGUCUAGUUGGCUGCAUAGGUGGCGGGGAGGUUGGUGGGUGGGGGAAGGAGAUGCUAAAGGGAAACAAAAAUGGUUGCCUGGGGGACGAGCGGAAAAUGCCAAGUAAUCCUUGCACUUUUCAUGGAUGUGAAUGAGCUUGUCUUCUGCAGGCAGCUAGAAUGAAGCUAUAUUGCAUGUUCUCCUUUGUAUAUAGUCUGUACACAUGGCAUACAGAGAGCCCAUGUUGUCAUCUGGUGCGUGUGACCAGAAUCAAGAUGACGGGGGGGUUUCCAUCGCUCUCCAGGCAUGGAACCCAGCAAACAAUGCAGUGGGGGCCAAAUGUCUGAGUGCGCUAAAUCUACAAACCCUUUGGAUGACAUGAGGGGAGCAAUAACACUGUUACGUCUCCUGUCUGAAUGGCUCAGGCAAGCCAAGAUAAUUGAGUAUUCCUCAUUAACCUCAAUACAUGUCUCGUGUUUCACACCUGGCAUAACUCAAAUGUCCACACUAUGUCACCCAAGUAAUAUUUUUCUAUUUGAAGGUAAUUGUGCCAUAUUUGCGUUUUCCAAUCUGCUUAAUACAAAAGCUGGUGCUAGCACAAGACCCUUGGGCCUGAGGGGAUGGGGCUUCCUUCUGCAUGGUACAGAUGAAGGUGGGGGUCACCCAGAGGGCUGUUGUAGAGAGCAAGAGAGAGGAAAACCACCUCAAUGCUGUUGCUGCCUCCCAGAAUGUGAGUGAUUAAGGAAGGAUUUCGGAUUCCCCAGCUUCAUCACUGAGCAGAAAGCCCCAACUCAGGAGAUCUGAGGGUUCUUUCUCCCCUGUGGUCAUGUUCCUGGACAUGAUAGAGGUAACGUGUUUAGGUUCCAGGAAGCAGGCAUUGGUCAGAUGUAAAAUGCCAAGAUAAUGGUUGUGUGGGGUGAAGGGAUUCAGUGGGAGAGGGAAGUGGAGACCCCAGGAUGCGAAGUUGAGGGGAAAUGAUCCUUUCUGAGCUGGUCUUCAGGCUAGGUCCCAGCAUAGCAAAAGGGAAUGGGGAGGAGUAGGACUUUCCAAUAGCAUGGAAAUCACCAAGACAUUCCACGUAGGAUCCCGCAUAGAUGUCUUCUGAGAACAACGCUGGAUGGGAUUUUCAAAAGGGCCUAAGUGACUUGAAAGUCAAUGAGAUUUGUGCUCCUGAAUCAUGUAAGCUCCUACAAAAGUCUCAUCCUCUGUGCCGGUUUCAAACCUAUGAUCUGGAGGUGAAGCACCCCCUUAUCCAGUUUACCUAGCUCACCUUCUUGGAUAUAGUGCUAGGGAUAGGCUUUCUCUGCACUAGCUUCUCCCAUCAGUGCAUGGAGGGAGCCAUGCAUGUAAAUCACGUGGACAUCAAGCGCAGCACCAGCAUAGCUAUUGUUAUUUACAAAGGGUCCCAGGCUAUAAAUGCUUUUCCAUCUGCUGCAGACUAGGUUACUAAUCAAAUAUGCCACCAUGGUGUGAACCUCAGGACUUGAAUUGUGAAAGGGUUCAAGGAAGCCUUCAUUUCACAGCAGUGCAUUGCACCAUUUUCAUUGCUUAGCUUUCCGGUGGGAAACAGUACAAUUAAAAAUAGAACAGGGGAAAAAUAAACCCAAUUCCACAAAGCUGUCAAUGACCUUGCUGGUUACCUUAUUUACUUGAGCCAGUGACAAUCAUAACUGCUUUUCCCACUGCAAAUGACAAGCAGGCUGUAAUAAUUCACCGUCUAAUAGUGAUGGGAGGGCCCAAGAGGUAAAGCCGCUCUCAAAUGCUUGGAUUUUACCUUGAGCACAAGGUCGUGUUUGCACUGUGUCAUGUUUGCACUGUGAUACCUUGAUGCUGCUUCAUUUCUGCUCCUUGCUCCUGCUGCUGCUCUCCAGCGUUCUCCGGGCAUUCGAUUAAUAGCUUGACUUUGGGUCUAAAUCUGGAAUUCUCUGCUUUAACAGGUUUGCUCCCGCCCAGAACUGGGUGAAUAAACUAUUGUGCAAAUAACAAAUCAUUUCCCACCUUGGGUUCAAAACAUCCAUGGUGCUGAUGGCCAAAACCAGUGUUUUGGACAACAAACCCUGUUUUUCACCUUAGCAGAAAAUCAAAGCUCUACCUCACUGCACAAGUGCACGUGUAUGUGUAUAUAUGUGUGUUAGUGUACAUGUGUGUGCAUGCAUCUGCAUUUGUGUAUAUAUGUGAAGUGUAUGUGCAUUUGCAUGUACAUAGGUGUGCAUGUGCAUUUAUGUAUAGGUAUGUAAAUGUAUGUUAGAAGAAGCUCUUGGUUCAAAUUCACUUCACUUCCCUGAUAUGGUGAGGUAGAUCUGAAUACUAUUCCAGGGGUCUAACCCUCUGGGCCAAGUCAGGUUUGUAGAAGGCACUAAUUGCAGUGCAACUGCUGUGAGAUGAUUGGGGGCAGGAGACAGAGAGCAUAAAGUUAGGCUCUGCAGCCCCUGUGUCCGUGGAGCUGUGCUACACAGGUGUGCCAUCAAACACCCGUGAGAAGGCUUGGCACAGAUAAGAUGGAUGUAGGUGUGGUAGGUGGCUGUGGAAUUGCAACAACACAUCAGCCAGCCCUCUACCCACCUAGUGCAGGCUCAGCAGCUGCAAAGUAUGUUGCAGUGAUGAGACAGCAGAAGCAACCACAGAGCAGCCUGGAGGGAUGAGUCCAUCCCCCGUGUCCACCAUGCAGCCUUUUAUCUGAAGCCUGUUUCGUGGCCCAAGAUCAGCAACAUAUUUAGAGCAAUGUCAGCACGACUCCCAUGACACUCAAUAUGAGCAGUCAUGCAGCUCUCCAGCACUUUGCGAAUGUUCUCUUUACUGCCUUCACGAAAAGCCUUGCUUUGGGUGUCAAGAGAAAAGCAAGUGUUGGUGAAAUCCAACUCAGCCCCACAGGUUCAAUUAUCUUGUUAAAAUAUUCUGGCUACAGAUUAACUUGCUUUCUUAACGUUUGUUUUUCCUUCUCAUAUUUAUUAUGAUUCCACCUGCCAUAAACUGGGAGCUGGGAGACCGUUGACAAGGUGUCUAAAUAAGCUCUAAUAUUUAUACCUCUGUGCUCUCACCAGCAAUGCUAUUUAGCAGCUUUUUACACUGAUCAAGAAAGAGAAGAUAAGGUUCUAAUCCUGGCUGGGCUUGUGACUUUUGGGUAAGUCACUUGUCCUUGUGCCUGAAUGGAAGCCGUCUGGAAAAUUGGAUCCAAAGCAGGAAAGUCAGAGAAGGACACAGACUUCUGCUGUUUUUAAAAUGAGCUACCCUGGGUGAACAAGUUAUGUUAACAAUAUAAUUAUAAAAUAUAUUGAUGACCUAAUGAGAGCUAAUCUGAAAGAUGGUGUGAAGUGGGGAACCAAACACUCCCCACCUCCCCAAAAUCAUCAUUUGGUUCCCCUGAUUUCAGGCCAUUCUGCAUUCACCUUCUAUCAGUCGCAUAGCAAUUGAGUUUAAGGCUAAGAGCAGUGGCUGAAACACCAAAUUUUACUCAGUUGUUGGGGAAAAUUAAAUGGAAAGUGAAUUUGUAACUCAGAAAUGAAGGGGCUACACAGGAACUCUGAUUUGAAGAUUUAUGAUUAUCCAGUCAUGGAAAAGACCUAACAUGGAGUGGGAAUGUGGUCUAGAGGAAAGUGCCUAAGUGUCAAAUGUGCUGAGUUCUAAUCCUGCUUCUUCCACUAACUGCAGAAGUGGUUUUAAUGCGGACUCAGUUCCCCCAUCUGUAAAAUAGGAAUAAUACAUACCUAUCUCACACAGGUUUUGCGAAACUUAGUUAAUGAUUAUAAAGUGCUUUGAACUGGUGGAGUGCCAAGUAUUAUUAUUUAUUAUACCAUAUGUUGGCAGCCACCCCCUUGUCCAGCACACUAAAGACUAUACGAGCAACCUUCAGAAUUAAAGUAUGCUAAUCUCUAUAGUUUGGGCUAAGGAGCCAGGCUCUAUUGCUGUAACAGACUCAUAUCCUUUAUGGAUCAGACAGAUAAACCACUGGCCACAGGGGUACAAUGAGGAGCCACCCUAGGUGUUUUGGCCCCCCCAAAAAACACCAAGUGAUACAGCACCCCCUGGAAGUUGCCAACGAGCGCAGCUGCCCUCAUAGCCUGCCCCUAGAACUACCCCUAGUUACAAUAGGACUCAUGUGUCCUAUCAGAUUUAAUCUGACCCAUUCAUAUUUUGGACAUUGACUAUUCAGACAUCAAACUACAGACCAAGAAUUAUUCAUAGGAAUUAUAAAGAAAACAAUUGUAAUAUCAAAUUCAAGAGAAUCAUGAACUGCUAAAGGUAAGGGUCAAUUCACAACUAGAAAAAGAAGCUAAAGCUUAUUUUUCUGGAUAAGCUAUUUUUAAUUAUGUUCUCAGCUCUGGUUUCAAUGUUAUUUACACAGAGAGAGUUUUACACAAUGUUUAUUCUAUCAGCUGUUGGGUUCAUUAAUACCGGAAUGUGUGCAGGUAGGUUAAACCAGUGAUACUCUGACAGAGGCUUGGGAGCCACAAGUGGCUCUUUUCAGCACAUGAUAUUAAAACAUUGUGUGAUUUAAUUAUUAAUCAGUCAGGAUGCUUUUAUAUUAAGAGCCAAUUGUGGAAUAUUUGGUCAGUCAUUUUGCUGUGAGAAUUUUACAUAUUUAAAUAGUAAAUGAAACAGUGAAUUCACACUACUGUGGCUCUUGGGGGUAAUGUUGAUCACUAAUUUGGCUCCUGAAGCAGUGAGGUCUAAGUAUCACUGGAUUAAACUGAAGCCCAAGGGGACAACUUUAAUGGAGUUAGAAUUUCCAUGUCUGCUGUGUUAUUGGCUAGAAGUGCCUAGGAACCAUUUAAGAGUAAAACAUUGUCACAGUUGAUGGUUUGCACAUGCUUUCUAAUUGAGUCUAAUUUAAAUCUGGAUUAGGCUGAAAAUGGAAGUGCUCUUGAGCUGCUGGGAUGUUUGCUGGUAAGACUACUGCUUUGUCUCUCUAGCUUCUUUACAUCUUUGGUGUUAAAUAAUAGCUAGCCCUAUUAAGGAAGUCCAAAUUGGUGCUUUGUGAUUGA